AUGGUGGUUCUGCUGUGCGGCCUGAACGACGUGAAGAGGGCGUCGCCAUGGCGGACGCCGAUUGGGUUUCGUCACGACCUGGCGGAGCUCGUCGGCGAGAUUCAGGGCAGCUGCGGCGCCGAGACGACGGUCGUGCUGCCGGCGCUGCCGCUGCACUUGGCGCCCGUCUUCAGCGGUCAGUGGCCGCUGCUGCCGCUGCUCUCGUCGUUUGCGGGGCUGUGGGACGAGCAGAAGAAGCGGCUCUCCGAAAGAGAGCCGCCCCGCAUCUGCUUCGUGCGGUCCGUCGAGGCAGACAGCGAUUUGGCGGCGCAAAACGUGGAGGCUGCGUAUUGGGCGGACGACGGCAUUCACCCAAACGACGCGGGCUACAAGCUCUGGGGCGAGCACAUCGGGCGGGGAGUGAUGCGCCACCUCGAGGAGCGGCAGGGGGGGCUCCCCUCGAGACCUCGCGAGGUGGCGUGA